CCCUGACCUUCGGGCGUUCCCCAAAUUCUGCUGCUCUUAGCGGUCGGCGCCCCACACGCUAAGAACCUCGCUGCGGCUCUCCCAGCUGUCAGAUUCCCCGGGCCAGGUGACAUGCCUUGCUGCGGCCUUCGAUGCGCGGAUUGGCAUGUGAAGGGUCACGCUCAUAAGAAACCCGCCGGAGGACUCGGUCGGCCUCUUCUGUGCCAUUUUCUUCGCUUUCGCAUCUCUCGCUCUCUCCAUCUUACCGUGUGACCCCUCUGGCUGCGUUGCCGUCAUGUCGAAGACGUUUUCUGCUGCGGACGUUGCGUCCCAUAACAAGCCAAGCAGCCUUUACAUCAUCGUUGACGAUGAUGUGUAUGAUGUGACCCAGUUCCAAGAUGAGCAUCCAGGUGGCAAAAAGAUCCUACAAAGGGUCGGCGGCAAGGAUGCAUCGAAGCAGUUCUGGAAAUACCACAAUGAGGCCAUUUUGAAGAAGUUCCAGCCGAAACUUAAGGUCGGCUCUCUGGACACAAAGAAGGCGGCACCAGCGGCAGCGGCACCGGAGGCAAAGAAGAGCACGCCGGCUGCGACGGGCGAAGCCGCGAAGAAGGGACCUCCAGUCAAGCCAGGCACCGUAGUUACGCCUCAAGAGACAUUCGAUCCUCCUCUCGACAUGUUUGGCGACUUGGUGCCGUAUGCUGACCCCAAUUGGUACCAAUCGUAUCACUCCCCAUACUACAACCAGUCGCACGCGGACCUUCGCGCUGAAGUUCGGGCCUGGGUUGAAGAGGUCAUUAUGCCAAAUGUGCAUGAAUGGGACGAGGCGAAGAUGGUCCCCCCUGAAAUCUACAAGCAGAUGGGUGAUCGGGGAUAUCUCGGUGGUCUGUUGGGUGUCCACUAUCCAGUCGAAUACGUCAAGCACACUGUCGCAGCCGUGCCACCCGAGAAGUGGGAUCUGUUCCAUGAGAUCUUGCUGACCGACGAGAUCUCGCGCGCCGCCAGCGGUGGUUUUGUUUGGAACCUGAUUGGUGGUUUUGGCAUCGGCAUGCCACCUGUCAUGAAGUACGCAAAGAAGGCUCUGCGUGAUCGCAUCGCCCCGGGCAUCCUGCAGGGCGACAAGCGUAUCUGUUUGGCGAUCACCGAACCAGACGCCGGCUCGGACGUUGCCAACAUCGGCUGCGAGGCAAAGCUGUCCGAGGAUGGCAAGUACUAUAUCGUCAAUGGAGAGAAGAAGUGGAUCACCAACGGUGUCAUGGCUGAUUACUUCACGACAGCCGUCCGCACCGGCAAAGAAGGCAUGAAUGGAAUCUCCGUCCUCCUGAUCGAGCGCGAAGCCGGCGGCGUAUCAACACGUAGGAUGGACUGCCAGGGCGUGUGGAGCUCCGGCACGACGUACGUCACGUUUGAAGACGUCAAGGUCCCCGUCGAGAACCUCAUCGGUAAGGAGAACCAAGGGUUCCGCGUCAUCAUGACCAACUUCAACCACGAGCGCAUCGGCAUCAUCAUCCAGUGUCUCCGCUUCUCGCGCGUCUGCUACGAAGAGGCCAUGAAGUUCGCCCACAAACGCAAGACGUUCGGCAAGAAGCUCAUCGAGCACCCGGUCAUCCGCCUCAAGCUUGCCCACAUGGCGCGCCAGAUCGAGGCGUCGUGGUCCUGGCUCGAGAACCUCAUCUACCAGUGCCAGAAGAUGGGAGAGAUGGAGGCCAUGCUCAAGUUGGGCGGCGCCAUCGCUGGCCUCAAGGCGCAGUCGACGACCACCUUUGAGUUCUGCGCCCGCGAGGCUUCGCAGAUCUUCGGCGGUCUAUCGUACUCGCGCGGCGGACAGGGCGGCAAGGUCGAGAGACUAUACCGCGACGUCAGGGCUUACGCCAUCCCGGGCGGCUCCGAGGAGAUCAUGUUGGACCUCAGCAUAAGACAGGCGAUCAGGGUGCACAAAACACUUGGCAUGAAAUUGUGAGCAAAAUAAAAAUCAUUUGUCUUUCGCGCAUUGUUAGCUUGCUUUUACACGGUUUCCUGUACCAUUGGUGGCUAGAUCUGAAGGCAUCCCAAGUAGAUUGCGGACUAGUCAUAUUGUGUAUAAUAAGUAUCCCACUCGAUGACUCUUGAAUACGAAUGCUCGCGUUAUCCAA